AUGUAUAAGUACUUCAUUUUGAGAGGGUGUCUGUGGGAACGAAAGCCGGAGAGGCCCCUGGGCUCCACUCAGGCCCCUGGGCUCCGGUCAGCUCACGGGCUGCCCUCACGCUCCUGUCUCUCAGCCCCACAGGGCCUGUGGACCAGGGCAGCUAUGGGAGCCUGCCCUGAAGAAGAGUACUGGGAUUCCCUGCGGGGCGCCUGCAUCUCCUGCAAACCCACCUGCAGCCUUCGGAGCCAGCGCACCUGUGUGACCUUCUGCAAGUCCCUGACAAGCUGCCGUAAGGAACAAGGCAAGUACUACGAUCAUCUCCUGAGGAAAUGUGUCAGCUGUGCCUCUGUCUGUGGUCAGCACCCCAUGCAAUGCACGUACUUCUGUGAGAACAAAUUCAAGAGCCGAGUGAACCUCCCACCAGAGCUCAAGAGGCAGAGGAGUGAGGAGACCGAAACCAGGUCAGACAACGUGGAAAGGUACCAGGGAUCGGAGCACAGAGGCUCGGAGGCAGGUCCAGCGCCCCCGGGGCCGAAGCUGAGUGCCGAUCAGCUGGCACUGGUCUACAGCACGCUGGGGUUCUGCCUGUGUGCCAUCAUCUGCUGCUUCCUAGUGGCCGUGGCCUGCUUCCUCAAGAGGAGGUGGGAACCCUUCUCCUGCUCGCCCCCUGCAGGGCCCUGCCGAACCCGGGCCAAGACCUCCCAGGGUGAGUGCAAGAAGCUGGGGUCCUCGCCCUUCGCACUGCUUGGGUGA